GGGUAUGUUUAUUGGAGAGAACAGGGAGGCAACGGAGCCAGGUGCAAAGGAUGAAAUGAAAUAGGUGCCGGAUAUCAGUAGCAAACUGCCGGAAUGGCUCGCAUAUGAAUGUUUUUUGGAGGCAGGGAGGUGGCCUGAAACAAACAGCAGUGGGCGAAGUGGACGUCAGGAUGGGGACUGCGUUUCUUAGAGCGGGACCGCAAAAACAAAACUUCGAUGGCCCAGGUGGGACAGUAGGCAUUAUGUGGAGGAUUGUUUGCCGAACCACGCUUCUGCAUGUUUACUACUGCGCCCUGAGCAUGCUGCCCGUGCAGCGCCACACCAAGGCACUGGUGGUUGUUGUUUUGGCCAGAAAAUCUAGAAUUGCUCCAUCCCACUCGCCUGAGGAAAGAAUUGGACUACCAAUGUGUCAACAAACGAAAGCCCGUCGAGUUACUCGCAUUCUGCUAGCGACUGCGUGGGGAGGCUUGGAUGCAUGGCCGCAUAUUGGUAUUCCCACUCCCCCUUUCGGCAGCCUCGUGGACAGUCAUUCCGUGACGGGGGCAUCAGGGGUACGCGUCUAAAGGACUAAGGGCAGAUAAACUUUUCAACAGAAGGUAAAAGAACAACAAGCGAAUGGCUUAGUCAGAGCUCUCAGUCGGCCUCUUGGCGCCAUUCGGCACGACAACCACCGGUAUAGUGCUGUGGUGCAGGACAUACUCUGCAACACUGCCCAUCAGGAACCUCUUGACGGAGCCGCGGCCGUGGGUGCCCAUGACGAUCAUGGUGGGCUUCUUGAUAUUGGAGCUUGCCACCAGGACCUCCUUUGGGUUGCCAAUGAGGCAGAUGCCCUUGAC